AUGCCGGUUGAUGUCUGUUUAUCUCUACCACUUAUUGACAGGGUGAAGGAACUUAGUAAUAUUUUCGCUCGUGGAAAUCUCCAGGAACUCCAUAACUCGGUUGUUCUGGUUGUCGACAAUAUAUUCGGUUAUUCAGGUGGUGAAGGCUGGGCUUUACAUGCUGUCAACGAAGCUGAUGAACCACACUUGUUUGGUUCUAUUCGAGAGUUCCUUUCGCCCAACGGGAGAUUUCUGGAAGUUUUGUCCAGCAGAUUAACCCUUGAAUUUCCAUCAAUCUAUCAUGAUUUUCCACUUUGGCUGUUAUCAACAGAUUCACAAAACUCAGCUUGGUCAGGUGAUUGCAAACAGCCACGAACGCCUUUGUCGUUAAAUGCAUUUACCUACUAUAUGUUCGCUUUCAUGUGUUAUGCAUCGUACCCUAAAUGGAAACAGGAACUUGCAUUAUGCGAUUUAGAAAACAGUCUAUACCGUACCUUAUUUGAUGAUUACUUAGGUUUUUACCUAUAUACUGAUCCAACCACAGUAAAUGUAAUGGCUUCCAAAAUUAACAUUUUAAGAUCUGGUUCGCAGAUACCUGUUUACCAGAAGAAUUAUUCCAGUGAGUUUGUUGGGGAGUAUAUGAACGGAUCUACGGAUGCUUGCUUUCCCGACUUCCGUUUAUUUUGGCAAACAGAGGCAGUAUUACAAGCCGUUUGCGAAUUUCUUCUUUCGUGGAGAACAACUGAUAAUUCUAUUGGGAUUACCGAUUUACCUAAAAAUCCAUCUGCUAUGAUUGCGUUAUCUCCCCCAUUAAAUCAUGCUGAGUUCUCAACUAGACCUACUGUAUGUCAAAUAUUUCUAGUGAGGUGUUUCCUCAAAUAUUUCUACUUUACAUUGUUCAAUAAUGCAAAUUCAAACUGUUUCCAAAUAUUACAGCAACAGAUAAUAUGGAACAAAUUUCUUAAUUAUCGAAAAUAUUUAUACAAUAAUCAAGGAGUGAUAGUGUCGCCAGAAUCAUCUAUACCGCAUCACAAUAUUAUGAAUCGGUUUUCACGGUUUAUUGUAUACUGUUUUCAACAUUGGCCUUUUGAUUUAAGUUUUGAAGUGGUACUUGAGACUUGGCUGUCUAGUAUUCAACCUUGGCGUUACGCAGGAUCUCCGCAGCUACAUACUAAUACUCGUUUUUCAUCUAUAUCAUCGGAUGCACCAUUAAAUUUAAAAAUUGAUAAUAGUGAGAAUUAUUCUGAGUGGUUGACAUUUGUUGUCCGUCACUACAGCCUUUAUGUUGGUUUAUUCUUAUUAUUUCUACAAAGAGUUACUAAAAUUGAUUUACAUGUAUAUCGAAAUGCUCAUAUGGUUUAUCGUGUAACAAAAGUAUUUUCUCAAGAUGGAUUUAAAAUGCUACUACUGAACACUGAAAAAAUUUUAUCCGAACAACAACAUCAGCACGAUGGUACGUUGCCCACUACAAUAGCAUCUGAAUAUCAAACAGAACAAAGUGGCCUCUGGAAUCCUGUAAUAAUUAGUACAGUUGUAAGAGUUUUAAAUUGUAUGAUGGUUACAAAAGGAAAUUUGCAAUCUCAAUUAAUACAAAAGAUGGAUAAAUUUUCAUCAGAUUCUCAAGGAUGGUUUGAUAAAUUUACUAAAUGGUUAUGUAGUUUCUUAAUAUUUGAUAUGGAUAACUCUGAUGAGAAUGUUAACAAAUGUAUAUUUUAUUUAACGGAAGGAAUACAUUCAUUACGUGAAUUCUUUGCUAUUCAAGAAACUUUCGAAACUGUGCAUGAUUUAUCCUUGAAACCACCACCGAAUGGUUGUAUACAGUGGGACGAUUUAUCAGCUAGUCCGAUAAUCACACGACCUCACUUUAAAUCUUUGUCAACCUCGCCUAAAUCUCCGAGUAUUAAACAUCCUUAUGUGGAUAAUUUAUCUCCUAGUGAUUCUUCGUAUUCAUUUCGGAAUAUACCGAAAAUAUCCGUAAAUAGCCAGGAUUUAUCAAGAUAUAAUACAAAGCUCACACCGUUGGAUCGUUUCCAGAUUAUAAUGGGUGUAAAACGUCCAUAUGUUUGUCAACAAUUAAUAAAUAGUAAUAAAUAUGCACCAACCAUGAAUACAUCAUAUGAAAAUCGUUAUAUACUUACAUUAUGCAACUAUUUAGAAGAUAAAUUUAAUGAAAAGAUGAAACAACACUUUAUUCAUUGGUGUUCAUUGUCUGAUAUUCGAGGAAGAUUUGCACGUCAAAUAUUACUUCCAUCAUUAUCAUCAUAUCCUAAACAACAUGAAUCCCAAAGUUCUUCGAUGACUAAUAAUCCCCGAAUAUCAUUUCGUCUUUUGGCAAAUUACUACGUAUUAUUACGCCUUUUAUUCUUGUAUAUAUUUAGUUAUUUUUUGUUUGGAAUAAGUUCACCAUUGUUAUAUGUAAUGUGUUUAAUCGCCUUAUAUUUGUUUUAUGAAUUUGUUAUAACAUUGAUUGGGCUAUGUCAUGAGAAAGUGAAAAACUCUUAA